CACAGCAGACCAAGAGCGGGGCAGGCAGUAGUACAGCAGCGGCAGCAUCUACUCUGUGACCGGAGGACGAGUGCUCUCACUCCCUGUGGUUUACUGCUGUUGUUCAGAGUCCCGUGAACUGAGCCUGCACCUUACCGCUGGAGCAUCACUGAAAUUCUUUUUUUGAGCAGCGAAAACAUUUUAUCUAAAGCAACACAGUCUCCGGGUCGUGAAGUCGGUUGUGUCAACCCCUUUUCCCCGAGACGCACAAAAGACGCACUCCCAAGUCCACCUGGAUAGCUGCUGACAAAGCCGUCCGGUCCGCUUCGAGCUCCAGUGGGGAGACACGGUGAGGAGAAGUUAGCGCGGAAGGCAAGAGCAAGAAACACAGAAGGCAGGAUGAAUCUCAAGAGUCAUUUGAUUUUCACCCUCUACACUAUUUAUGGGAUUCUUCUGAAAGUGAUGGCUUCAAAAGGCAAAGCUCGAGGCAUCAGUGGUCAGUACCCUCUCGUUCAGAACGUGACGGUGACAGAGGGUGGGACGGCGAACAUGACCUGCCGUGUGGAGUAUAAUGACAACACCUCCCUCCAGUGGUCAAACCCAGCACAGCAGACCCUCUUUUUUGGGGACAAGAAAGCUUUAAGGGACAACAGGAUUGAGCUGGUGCGUGCGUCUUGGUCGGAGUUGACCAUCAGCAUCAGUGAUGUCACACUGACGGAUGAAGGCAUGUACACCUGUUCUCUCUUCACCAUGCCUGUCAGAACAGCCAAAGCCUACCUGACUGUUCUAGGUGUGCCGGAGAAGCCAGAGAUCGAUGGCCUGACGAAGCCUGCCAUGGAGGGAGACCACAUCACUCUGACCUGCAUGACUCAGGGCAGCAAGCCUGCCGCUGACCUGCGCUGGUUCAGAAAUGAAAAGGAGGUCAAAGGUGCCAAAGAGGUGAAUGCAAGUGGGAAGACAUUUACAGUACGGAGCUCUCUGCAGCUGCACGUGGACAGAAAUGAUGAUGGAGUGGCCUACACCUGCAGAGUGGACCAUGUGGCACUCGCACAGACACCACAGCAGGCCACUGAAGUCCUGGAGGUCCACUAUGCUCCUCGUGUAGAGAUCACCCACUCCCUCGCUUUCCCUCAGGAGGGCCAGUACUUAAAGCUGGAGUGUGUGUCCAAAGGAAACCCCUCGCCAGACCCUGUGAUGUGGACAAAGGACGGGGGUGAACUUCCUGACCUGGACAGGAUGAUUGUAGAGGGGAGGGAGCUCACCUUUACUUCACUCAACAAGACAGACAAUGGCACCUACCGCUGUGAAGCCGGCAAUCACCUAGGGACCAGCAGUGCUGAAUAUACACUCUACGUCUAUGACGUCCCCCUGCCUCCAUCCACCACUCCCCCCCUACAUCCCAUCCCUCCAGAUCCUACCGCUCUAUUAGGCACCCACGUCUCAGACCCCACAGUCACUGGCAACAGAGAUCCAAACGCUCUGGGGCAGCACAGCACUGACCAUGCCUUGAUCGGAGGAGUGGUGGCUGUAGUGGUCUUUGUCACCUUGUGUUUAAUCAUUGUUCUGGGAAGAUACCUGGCCAGGCAUAAAGGAACGUACUUGACAAACGAGGCCAAGGGGGCGGACGACGCACCCGACGCCGACACAGCCAUCAUCAACGCUGAGGGCAACCAUGCGCACGCAGAAGAAAAGAAAGAAUACUUCAUUUAGACUGCAGAGGGAGCUGUGCAGCUCUCUCCUACCCCCUUUUCCCUUCUUUCAAUCCCUGUAUCUCUUUUUCUCUUUCUCUCUCUGUCUCCCCCUUUUCUUCUCCACCUCUGACCACUGCCCCCGUCGUGUCAACGAGGAACCCGCAGGCAGUCCACAGACAGAGAAGUUCCCCAAGUGUUUUCCUAUUAUUGCCUUUUGUCUAUCAUUUACAUCUUGUCCUUUCUUUCUUUUUUCUUUUUUUGGCAGCCGGUUUCCACAGGCAGCUUGCCGUCGCUGCCCCGAAGUUGUCUCCUUUGUCAUAUUUUUCCUCAUUUUUUUGACAUGAAUGCCUGGAAGUCUGUAUAUCUACCAUGACUGCUUCUUACAUGAGCCCUUCUUCAUCUCCUCUCCUGUUUCCCGUCCAAGCAGACACCCGAACACACACUGUAUCCCCCGCCCUUUGUUCACACACGUCCACAAACACAUAUCAUAUCUCACGUCAACACGGUGCCUAAAAAUACAGACGCCAUUGAACUUCUGUCAAUGCCUUCAUGUAUCGUCUGUCAGUAGCAAUGUAAAUGCUUUGUAGAUGGGUUAACUGGACCAUCAUUUCAUUGCUUAGCUCACAGCUUUUGAUUAUGCAUUGUCUUUUUUUAUUAUUAUUUUAACAAAGAUCUUUGCUGUCUACGCCUUAUACAUGUCUAUCACACUGAAUAUGGUACUUUUAGAUCCACUUCCCCCCAAACCCCACCCCCCUCUAAAUAGACUUGUAAUUAAACAGUUGACCCUUGUAAGAUAAGAAGAAGGUUUUGUGUAACACUGUAGCAAGGUUUGUCAGAUAAGUGUACAAUAUGAUUUUCAUUAUUAGGGUAAGGGUAAUAAGGGGUAGUGUGGUAUUGUUUAGAGCAGAGAAUACACGCAGAUGCUAGACGAAGCGUUCCAUCAAAUAAACUCAAUCAAGUAUAUAAAACCAUUUGCUAAAUCUGCUGUCCCUAUGUACCUUUGUCUGUAUAUUCCUGCACUGUCCAGGCUGCAGUUUAGUGAAACACCAACACCUUCAGUGUCCUCUCGACAGCUUACAGUAGUUUGUGAUUCACAUAAAGGCUUCAGGUGUACAGAAAGAAUGACUCUCCUCUCUCUAAAAUCUGUAUAAAUUGUAUUGAAAAUGAGUUUAGCUUUUCACUUUGAAUUCUUUUUGUUUAUGUUUGUGUCACAUUGGAAUAAUUUUGAGGCUUAAGGACCCCGUGAAAUGUAAAAUUAACUAUUAGGAGCUAAUAAAAACAAGUACACGGUUGCAGCACGAACAGGAAAUUCACUGGUUAAAUUAAUUUUCUCUCAGUGAUGUAAUUUUCAUUUUCACCUCUUGUAAGCUUGAGGUCCAGGCAGCUUUCCACAGCGGUUUGUAUCCACAUGUCUGUUCAUUUUCUGGCUCACAGAUAAGCAUCCAAUCAUAUUAUUACUUUUUACAAACGGCAAUGACAUCAGUUUGACUGGAACCAAUUUUUUUUGUUUAUAUCGCCACCUCUAAAUUUCUGUUUACGAGCGCCUAACAAUUUAGUUGUAUUACCAACACGUCAAAAAAACUCCCACCUGUCAGACUGCAUAACUGCUCCUCUUAUUUCCAUUUAGUCGGAGUCGCUCUCCAUGAACUGAACUUUGAUUUCCAUUUCAUGGGGUCUUCAAGCAAAAAAAAAAAAAAGAGAAAAAAAAAAAGUUAAUAGUGUGUGAGGGCUGGGUCAUAGAUCUACAGGGGCCUCCUUUCCAAAUACUAAAAACUGAAGACAAAUAGAGAAGCACAAAAAUGUCUGAAUGAGUAACUGCGCUCCUUUGCCAACAAAAGAUUGCCUUGGGAAUGGUUCUUCUAUUCAAAUGGAUAGUGGGAAGAUGACAAGGCUGUCUUUGAUUCAAAUCUGGGGGGUAAAAAAAAAAAUACAGUGCAUCUUUUUGAAAAUGUAAGCUAAAUCAUGUUUUUAUAGAAAAAACAAAAAAAAUGUUUUUAAUAUUUUUUGGUUUAAAUGGUUCUAAGCUCCCUGCUGUGUAUUGUGUCUGCUAAAAAUGUGGUUGAUUGUGAAAAUUGCUGUUAAAUUCUGGAUUCCCAUAUUCCUUCAAAUUUGUAUAUUAGCCACCUUAUCUAUUUGCGUUUUUUUUUUUCUUUUCAUUUGUCAUUGCAUAAUCUUUAUUGGAGAACUUUUAAACAAAUGUAAUUUUUUGGGCACAAGGCAUGUAUAUAAUGUGUGAAAACUAAACUUUGGUAAUACACAUUAGCAUGUUUUUGUUUGGUUCUUUUUCAUAUUUUAAUUUAUUUGAAGCUAUUUAAGAGAGAACCACAAUGAAGGUAUGUUUGUAAUUUUGGAGAAAUGUGGCUUCUUGUGAUUGUGGCGGGCUCUCGGGUGCUACAGAUGGGAAGGAUUUGGUGUUGUAAAAAAAAAUAUGAUCAACAAAAGUGAAGCGAAAUAGAAGAAAAUGAAAUGUGCAUCUGUCUUCACCUAAUCCUUAAAAUACAAAUUGGAAUUGAAAUGCAUCAAAAGAAACAUUACCUUCAUGUCGGAGGCAAUGGAAGUUUCACACACGCUAAGACUAACGUCACAUAUCCUUGUAAACAACUUCUGUUUCUUUUCAUAUAUCCCCGCCAUUCCUCUUUCAUCAGUUUGCAGGAAUGUGGCUGAUUUACUCUCCUGUGAAAGAGCGAUAAACACUGUGGCCUCUGGAACUAAAGACUUAAAGGCAAGGCACUAAUCUACUAAGAGGGAGCAAAUUAUUACCAAGGGCAAUAAAAUAGUGGGCCCAGCUGUCUCCAAUUCGAUGGCCAAUUUACAACAUUAUGCAAAUAAGGUCAGCGAGUAAGGUCUUUUUCUAUGUGCUAUAACUCAAGCACCGCUGGAGUGAAUCACAAGUUGGGAAUCAUUAAACCUGUCACCACUGAUGUAGAAUUUAGGUUGCAUAUUAUGUUUUAAAUAAGUUGUUUUAAAAAUGCAGAAGCUUUGCAGCAGUCUCCAUAUUCUAUCAUUCUAAUUCACACAAUCAAUAUAGAUUGACGUCAGCCUCACCACGGUACUUAAGUAGAUCCAGGCGAACCUUCUGUAUCACGUGUGUAUAAUGACAUUCAUCAAGAUGUUUUUUUACUUUUCUAUGUAGUUCUUUUCAUUGUGUCUUAAAACGGUGAUGGUGUCAAUCAAAUUUUCAGUUUGCUUUACGCCUGUGUAUCCAUCCUAGAAAAAUAAGAGAGUGGUGAAAUGGAUUUGUUGAUUCUGAAGUCUGAGAAACAGUCUGUUUUAUAUUAAAUGAACACUCAUAAAUAACUGGGUCUGCAGUGACGAGUCGGUGUUUAGAAAUGAAACAGGUGCCAUUUACUGAAUUAUGCACUCUGACUAAUUUGAUGGAUAUUUCUUAGUAAAUGGUGAAAUGUGUUUUUUGUUUUGUUUUUCUUUCUGGAAACCACGUGUAAAUAUUUGUUUUGACAUGACAGUAAUGAGCUAAUUUGUUGCAAAUGGCUUUUUAUGAUAGUUAGACCAAACCUGAAUCUUGUUUUGUUUUUUAAUUUGUUAUUCUAACAGCCUGGCACAUACCAUCAUGCACUAUUUUGCUAUGAUAGAAUCACCUGUAGCUGUGUCACACCUUAUUAUUAUUAGUCAUUUUACUUUUUUUUUAUGUUGUCGGUUGAAACUAAGCUUUAAACUUGUUGCCUCCUUGCUUUCCAACAUAUAUGGUUCCGGUUAAUAUCCGCCACAUCAUGGGCCUCUAAUUUCAUCCUGGCGGCAGGACAGUAAUGGCGCUAACGCAGAUGCGGCACCAUUUUCAUUGGGCACUAGCUCGUUUUAAAGACUCUGUAGCCUCUGUUUGGUAAAUUUCCUGGCUCCAAACCAACCCACUUCCUUCGAGCGUAGGCGGGAGCGGUGCAGCUGAGGUUACUUGUUAAUGCAGAUCAGGCAGUGCAACACUGGCAGUAAUUUUGGCAUGAAAUUGCACACCAUUUUGUGAGCAAUUUCCAUGUUGGCGUUGGCACAUUACAGACCUGUAUGUGUGACUUUUAAUCAUAUGUGUGUGUUCUACCUGUAGUAGUAACGGGUAUUAAUCAUAGAAGCAUUUUAUUAUAGCCUACCACAAGUUACUGUCGAUGUUGACCAAGUGUACUGAUAUCAUUAUGUUAUACAUGGGAUCACCAGAUUUCGGUGUGUCCUCAUAUGUAAAUUCAACUUUAAUAAGGGACAUCAGAACAUCCUUUGAUGCAUAUUAAGGGAGCUUUUUUGUGUGUGCCUUGCGACUCUGCACCUCCGUCUCUCCCCUCCUCCCACCUGUCUGCCUCUUUUAAAAAAGGAUGAGACGAGCUGAUGCGAUUGGUGAUCAUUGAAGCUUGUCCAAACUCCACCUGCCGAUACUGCAUUAUGUAUUCAUCCUGCUACAGCCUUUUUCACCACACUGCACUGCCCCAGGAGAGCACCUCACACAUAUGUGCAUUUUUGUCCUUGUUUGCGAGCAAUUUGUCCCCCACUUCAGGAAAUUAGAGGCCCAUAUCAACGAAAAAUACCAACUCUGAAUCUCCUGUUAAAAAGGGAUGAAUAAGAGAGUAACGGCCACUCUGAGUCAAAAUAAUUCUUUUUUUUUUACUGUAUUGUUUAGCUUUUUUUUUUUACUCAUGGUUUUUGUUCUCCACAGCAGUGAUGAUAGCAUGACAUGGCCCGGUCCAGUCCUAUCUCUCCUCCUCUGACCAUUCAUAUGUCUUUGCUGUACAGUUUGGCUUCAGCGCACUUCUUUGUUCCUCUGCAAUAUUGACACUAGAAUCAAUCAGCCCAAUCUCCAUACAUUGUCACAGAGAUGACAACGACAUGUGACACAAUCGCAUGUAGAGAUGUUUUGUUUUUCCUUUCUUUUUUUUGAAUUAUAUCUUUUUUGUUUUGCAUCUCAGGAAUAUAUUUCAUUUAGAGAUUUUUUUUUUUUUUUGGUUUGUUUGUUUGUUUCCUGUCUUAAAAUUGGGGACUUGCGAGCACUUCUCACUCUGCCAGUCCCCGAAUGCUGACACCAUGUAUUUGUUGAGUUUAAGAUUACCGCAAUGUUAAUAAAAAUUAUUCAGUGAUUCUUCAGUAAUACUGUCAUCUUGCUCUCAUUGGGAUAUUAGACUUAUGAAAGCAUUUUUUGAUAUGAUCACUGACUUGAAAUACUGACAUUUAGAAAUAUGCUGCAAAUAAUCACGAGUUUCAAGAAUGGUAGAAGUUGUGUUUAUACACAAUGUUGUCUUAUUUUAGCUUAUGGUAUGUAAGCAGUUCAAUGCUUUUGUCCUCUAUCAUAAUGUUUCCUUGUAGCAACACACAUCUUUAUGUAUAUCAGUGCUUAGAUGGAAAGAGUUGUGACACACAAAAUACAAAAUAUCCACAGUAAAGUUCAGGAUUAGAGCUAGACACGUUAGUUCAGCUUCUGAUGUACCUUGGUGAAAUAAGAGGUUUCAUAUCAAGCUGCACUGAGAGGGCUUGAUUCGAUAUAUAGCACCGUAAUGGAGGUGUUUUUCUCCCAUUGUCUGUGGGAUUUAUUAUAUUUAAUUUAGAGGUUCGUUCUCAUGUAUGAAAUGAAAAUUGUUGAAUAAAUA